ACUGCGUACUCAACCGUUGCAGUCAUAGGAAUCCCAAGGUCAAUACUGCCUCGAGAUCCAGUGAUAUCAAUGAUUCUUCCAAGCUGCGACCAUUCAUCGAACCAAAAAGAAGUCCUUGCUCCACUGCGUAUUUCAAUCCGAGUAAGAGAGCUUGCGAGGUUCCUGGCCUGGCCAGAGAAAUGCUGA